AUCGGUCCCGCGCUCCUCACAUCAUUGCAGAGCCCGGGGUGGUGAGUUGUGGCCUGUAGGCGGCGCCACAGAGGCCGCUCCCGUGUAAAAACAACAUCUCACCUUCUUCCUUUAGUCCAAGUGCUGGAGCACGUUAGAGUGACCGCGGAGAGCGUCGGCUGUCAUGGAGUUCAGCGUUAACACGGCGUGAAUAGCGAAGAAGAGGGGGACUUUCGAGUCGGAGGAGCGGAGCCACGAGUCGAGCCAUGGCCGCCCGGGAGGAAGGAGAGGUCCCGCACGGCAAAACAAGGCACCGCGACGGGGCUGGAAGUGUAAACAGCUCGGAGGGCUUCAGGAACGGCUACGUGAAGAGCUGCGUCACCCCCCUCAAACAGGACCGCGAGCGGGGCUUUUUAUUCAACGUGUGCAGGUUUUGUAACGAAGACGUGAUCAACUCCACGCUGUUAAAGGUCUCUGCCCUCUACGUGGGCGCCUUCGCGGUCGUCGCGGCGUCGCUCCUCGUCUCCCGGAGCCUGCAAAGUGACUCGCCGUGGGAUUUGCGGACUUUCCUGUGGGGCUUCUCGCAGUCCGUCAGCCCGCUGUUCAGCAUCGGAUGUGCUUUCUUCUUCCUGACGCUGUACCUGCGGAGGAAGAAGCAGGGCAGCAGCAAGUGUUGGCUCGCCUCGCUGCCCGCGUCCUGUUACCUCGGGGAUUUUCUGGUGUUGCGGUUCCUGCAAUGGGGAGAAGAGCAGCACCAGAUGCAAAUGGUGGGCAGGUUGUUGUUCGUGCUGGGAUGCGUGGGUCUGCUCACGCUCAUCCCGACUCUCAAACUCAAACACAGCGUGCUCGUGCUGGUCUUCGCCAGCGUCGUGUGGCUCGUCUCCUUCACAAGUUUGAGCGGACUGCCCGCGCUGCUCCGGCCGCUCUUCGCCUGCAUCGCCGGGGUGUGCGGCUCCCUGACGGGGCUCUGCUUCGACCGUUACUACCCGUCGAGGGAGGCGCCGAGCGGGACCUCCGGCGCGGAGGAGAAGGUCCCCGUGAUCAGACCCCGGAGACGGUCCAGCUGUGUGUCGCUGGGGGAAACGUCCACCAGCUAUUAUGGCAGCUGUAAAAUGCCCCGCAGACCCUCGUUGCCCUGUAUAUCCAGAGAACAGAUGAUCCUAUGGGACUGGGAUCUGAAACACUGGUACAAACCACAGUAUCAGGGAGCGGUGAGUGGCAACGGCGUGGAUCUGUCAGUCAUCAACGAGGCUCGGAACUUGGUGUCGGACCUGCUGAUGGACUCGUCUCUGUCGCCCCACACCAUCUCAGCUCUGCGCAGCAUCUCCAGCCUCAUGGGGACGUUCUCAGGCUCGUGUCGUCCCAGGGUAAACCCCUUCACCCCCUUCCCAGGUUUCUACCCCUGCGACGAGGUGGAGGAUGCUGUAGAGAGGACAGACAGGAAAACCAUUAAGGGUUUGAGCAGCAGAAACAGCCUCCCCACCCCUCAGCCAAGGCGGAGUUCCACCUCCUCCUCCUCCUCCUCUGCACUCUCUCCUCUGGAAUCCACCUCCUCACGCUGGGAGCGCAACAAUGGCAAGAGACCUCACCCUGACCUCAACCUGACCAGCUCAGGUCUGUCCAAUGGGCCCAGUGCAAACCUGCUUACCAUUCCCAAGCAGAGGUCUUCCUCUGUUACCCUCACAUACCACGCAGGGUCGAGGAGAGCCGGCACAUCUCCAAGCCUGAGUCCAGUCACCUCACCAAGCCACAGUCCCCCCGCAGUAGGUGCGGGCUCUUCAUCAUCCCUCGUCACACGGUCGCCCGUGGAGUUCCCCGACACUGCCGACUUCCUGACAAAGCCCAGCGUCAAUCUGAACCUGCACAAACCCCUCAACUACACCCUCAGCUCCCCUGAUUUCCAGCAGGCUUUCCGUAGCUCCACCUUCCCCCUCUGCACCAGCUGUGGUCGUCAGAUGCUCAAGGGAGUUUCCAGCAGCGAUGCAGGGGAAUCUCAUCAAUCACUCAGCAGUGAGGCUCAGCGUAGGCGCUCAGGAUGUGAUCUGGAGUUCGGUGGUGAGCCCCUGAUCAGGGAGGAGAGCCUGGAGGUGGACACGUCUGGAGACGGAAGGCGAGAUGUUGCAGGGAACCAGGGGCAGAAAGAGGAGAAGAGCCCAAGCACAGACCAGCAGACUCAGGAAUCAGAGGGUGAGCAGGAGUUCAGAUUAGAUCCUAUGCUGGAGGACCACAAGGCUCUAAUGGAGAGGAUGAACACUUGGAACUUCCAGAUCUUUGACCUGGUGGACAGAACGGGAGGGAAGGCCGGAAGCAUACUUAGCUAUGUAACGUACACUCUUUUCCAGGAUACGUGUCUCUUUGAAAUUUUCAAGAUCCCGGUGAGGGAGUUCAUGACGUACUUCUCUGCUCUGGAGAAUGGCUACAGGGACAUUCCCUAUCAUAACCGGGUUCAUGCUACUGAUGUGCUACAUGCUGUCUGGUACCUGACCACUCGACCAAUCCCUGGGUUCCAGCAGAUCCACAGUGAGCAUGUGACAGGAAGCGACACAGUGAAUUUUCUAAGCGUGCCAUCUUUCCCUCUGUCACCACUUGGCUUUUUUCCCUCUCGUGCGCUGCAGGCAGUGCUGUACAACGACCGCUCAGUGCUGGAGAACCACCACGCUGCUUCUGCCUGGAGCCUCUACCUCUCCCAGCCCGAGUUCAACUUCUUGGUCAACCUGGAUCAUGUGGAGUUCAAGCGUUUCCGCUUCCUUGUCAUCGAGGCCAUACUGGCCACAGACCUCAAGAAGCACUUUGACUUCCUGGCUGAGUUCAAUGCCAAGGUGAACGAUGUGAACAGUCCAGGAAUUGACUGGACCAAUGAGAAUGACCGACUGCUGGUGUGCCAAGUGUGUAUUAAGCUGGCAGACAUCAACGGACCCGCCAAAGUCCGUGACCUGCAUCUCAAGUGGACAGAGGGAAUUGUCAAUGAGUUUUAUGAGCAGGGCGACGAGGAGGCUCAGUUAGGAUUACCCAUCAGCCCCUUCAUGGACCGCUCCUCCCCGCAGCUGGCCAAGCUGCAGGAGUCCUUCAUCACCCAUAUUGUUGGACCACUUUGUAACUCCUACGAUGCUGCUGGCCUUCUCCCCGGCCACUGGAUUAAUGAAGCGGGAUCAGAUGAAGAUGACGAUGAGGGGCAGGUGGACACAGACACGGAUGAAGAUGAGGAAGAUGAGCUAGAAGAUGAGCUUGCACCAAAAAGGAAGAAGAGCCACCGCAGGUUGUUCUGCAGCAUCAUGCAGCACUUGACGGAGAACCACAAGGUCUGGAAGAAGAUCAUUGAGGAGGAGGAGAAGAGCAAAGAGCUCGGCAAACAGCAGCCGCCGGACAGCCUGCCCGUCAGCCUGCCCGUCUCCCCGUCAGACGACAUCCAGGUCAUCCAGGAGGAGGAGGAGGGAGACGAGCGUCAGUAGCAGGAGGACGAAGUAAAGAAGAGAGAUGCGUGAAAAAAGAAGAUGACGAGAGGCACGAGUCCCUCGACCACCUACCUUUCACCGACAUGAACACAGACAUGAGGAACACAUGCAGACAGUUGACAAAUGCACAUUAAACACACUUUCCUCUCUCUCUCUCUCUCUCUCACACACAGACACAUUUAAAGAUUCACUGUGCAGACUUAAGCAGUCACAUUGAUCUUGGAGAAACAAAAAGGCCUUACUACUGUGAGCGGAUCCUUGCUGCAACGGUGGGAGCCCAACUCCUAUGCACUUUCACCCCCAUGGAGAGUCGAGUGCACCCAGAAAGAAGGAAAAAAAGCACCAGAACUGAGGAUGGUGCGGAGGAAGAGAGCGGACGGGGUCCAGCGUUGGCUCCCUCCAUGGUGACCUGGCUGUGAUGCUGCCUAGAAUGCAAAGUGCUUACACCUCCCUUAGGUACAAAACAAUUCCCGUCUAUUUAAGAAAGGAAAGGUAGAGGAAAAAUAAUCAAGUGAGCGACAUCAUUGAGCGAUGGAUACCCUUUACCAAAGUGAACAGUUCAAACACGGAGAAAGACGAGAGACUGUUUCAGCCUCAGUGUCAGGUUAAUUUUUGAAUUAUAUAUAUACGUACAU